AUGCCUCAGCCUACAUCUGGCGAGGACGCCCCGUCGUUUCCCUCCCAAGAGCAACCAUCCCUCUGGUCCCGUUUCAGUGCCCGCAUCAACGAUGCAUUCAGCGGUGCAGACCCACGAGUCUGUGUCGCUUUCUGGCUCUUCGGCUUGGUCAAUAAUGUCAUAUACGUGAUUAUCUUAUCAGCAGCUGUAGAUUUAGUCGGACCCGAUGUACCCAAAGGCGUCGUCCUCCUCGCAGAUGUGAUCCCUUCGUUUGCGACCAAAUUGGUCGCCCCGUACUUUAUCCACCUGGUCCCGUAUUGGAUGCGCAUCUUGAUCUUCGUCUUCCUGUCUUCCGUGGGCAUGCUAGUCGUGGCGAUGAGCCCCAGCUAUACUGACGGAGGAGCCAUAGCGUCGAAGAUUGCGGGUAUUAUUCUGGCUAGCUUUUCCAGCGGCGGCGGUGAGCUGAGCUUCGUUGGUCUCACGCAUUUCUAUGGGCCCUUUAGUUUGGCUUCAUGGGGCAGUGGCACCGGUGCUGCUGGUUUGGUGGGUGCUGGUGCCUAUGCCUUGGCAACUUCGGCAUUAGGUUUCUCUGUUCAUGUCACGCUGCUGGUCUCAGCGUGUUUACCGGCCAUCAUGAUUAUCAGUUUCUUUGUCGUACUCCCUCACGCUCCUCUGCGAGCUUCUGAGGCCGGUGCUGAUAGAUAUCGUGUUGUUGAGGGAGGUGAGCAAGUGGAAGAAGAUGAGAUGGACGGGGAGAACGAGGGAUUGCUCGGUUUGUCACACAGUGGCACAAGCAUCCCCAAGUCGGGGCAUGUCAAUGACGAAGAUCCGUGGCUGGACCGGGCUCUCGCAAAUUUGCGCCGUGUCAGAGGGCUUUUUAUCCCCUUCAUGGUUCCAAUGCUGCUAGUCUACAUUGCCGAGUAUGUCAUCAACCAAGGAGUUUCUCCUACUUUACUUUUCCCUCUACGCGAAUCGCCCUUCGAACACUUUCGAUCUUUCUAUCCGACCUAUAAUGCCAUAUACCAGAUUGGCGUGUUCGUUUCCCGCUCUUCUACCCCAUUCUACCGCAUCCACAAGUUAUAUAUCCCUUCGCUGCUGCAGGUUGCCAACCUCGUACUGUUGACCCUCCACGCUUUGUUUGACUUCAUUCCCAGUGUGUGGAUUGUCUUCAUCAUCAUUUUCUGGGAGGGCCUUCUCGGUGGCGUGGUAUACGUCAACACCUUUGCUGAAAUUGCCGAUCGCGUGCCUAAAGAAGAUCGCGAGUUUUCUCUGGGCGCUACCACUGUCAGUGAUUCCGGUGGCAUAUGUAUUGCCGGAUUUCUCACCCUAGAUUCAGAGAUGAUCGAUCACGUUCUGGGGAGGCCAUCCACCCGUUUCCGCAAGAUCCAGGUCUUUGCAGUGGUCUCCUUUUGGUCUCUCUACUUGUUAAGAGCAGACAGACAUGGCCCACCGUUCAUUCGAAAGCUCUCCUCCCGGUUCACUGGGAAGUUGACAACAUGGCAGACCACAGUCGUCAUCUUCCUAUGGCUAUAUCUUAGCCGAAAUUUUGCCAAAAUUGUCGGCCUAGAAUGCCCGGAGCCGCUAGCGAAUAUGUACUCACGAUCCUUUUUCCGAGCGACAUGGAUCACCACUGGCUUGGAUGCUGGCUUUUGGACAGCGAUGAACAUCAAACCGAAGUGGCUUCGAGAUAUUGCAUCACUUGUAUUCACUGCUUACUAUCUCAUUGCUGCAGAGCAGGCGGAUGAAAAAGUACGCAGGGUGCGAGCAACACUGACACUUGAACAUUUGCGGGUGUCUUGGAACAAGGCCACCAGCCCUUACCUGUGGACUCUAGCGAAGCUGUUACGCCCACGGCUUACUCGGUAUCCUGCUCGGGCGAUCCGUAUUCCUCGUCCUGCACAGUCUGUCUACACUGAGCCAGUAAGCGCAUGGUUGUACUUUGACGGUCCAUUGAGUGCACUGCGUGACCAGACUAGCUUGGUGCUAGAUGUCCCGGGAGGUGGAUUUGUCGCCAUGAGCCCCAGGAACUCCGAAGACAAGCUCUUAUCUUGGUCUGGACGACUUAAAGUGCCAAUCCUCAGCAUUGAUUACAAAAAGGCACCUGAGUAUGCAUAUCCGUAUGCUCUGCAUGAGUGUUAUGAUGUCUAUCAUAGCAUCGUUGAUACGAAGGGCCGGUGUAUGGGUCUUGGUGGUGCAGAUCGCCCUCGCGUACUGGUAACCGGGGAGAGUGCUGGUGGGAAUCUAGCCGUGGGAAUGACCCUAAUGAUUUUGCAGACUGCAAUGGGACAAGGAUGGCGAGGUGACGACGUGCUUCCAAGUCCUGAUGGCUUGGUACUGGGAUAUCCUGCUCUGAACAUGAGAGUUGAGAGCUGGAUGAGUGAUGAGCAGAUGUCACUCAUUCAAGACAAGAGCUCGCGCCAAACCAAUCGUGGUGUACUCCAACGAAAGCAAGACCAAUAUCGUAAACUCACGCCAUUUACAUCUCCAGGCCACUCUGUUGAAGACUUGACAGCGUUAUCACCACCGGAGGAGAAGAAGACGAAUGUGAAGUCCAAGGUUCAAGAAGAUACAGACGUACCUACACAGGCUGCAAAAUCGUUGGAGAAGAAAUUGGAAAAGAACGAGAACGUGGUCAAAAAGUCUGCUGCCAAAGGAGAAGAUAAAGUUACGCCAAUCAAGACUCGACUCGCCGUCUCAUCCAUGAUCACUUAUGUCCACGAUCGGAUCCUCACUCCUGAGAUGACGCGCGCUAUGAUUAUUUUGUACAUUGGACCACAUCACCGCCCUGACUUCAACACCGACUUCCUCCUGUCCCCCGUUUUGGCGCCAGAUGCUCUACUUGCCCGGUUCCCGAAGACGUAUAUCAUGACCGGUGAGAGAGAUCCUCUUGUCGAUGACACUGUUAUUUUUGCGGGCAGAUUGCGCCAGGCAAAGAUGCACCAGUUCCGUGAGCGCCAGGAUCUGGGUUUAGAAGGCUCCAAACGAUCCUUCAACGAGAAGAAAUAUGUCGAACUCUCCCUAAUCCCUGGAGUGUCACAUGGAUUUAUGCAAAUGGCUGGUUUCUUCCCUGAGGCGUGGAAGUACAUCAACCGCAGCGCCCAGUGGCUCGAGACAUUGUUUGAGAAUAUGGAGACCAAUGACUUCAACUCUGAUUUACUGAAUCCUGGAAGGGCUCCAGGCUCCAUCAAUUCUCUCAAAUGGUCUCGCUCGACGAAUCCAGAUCCAAGCGCCGUCCGUAUUGGACGGAAUCACCACCGCAGCUUCACUGGAGAAUCUUCGGCUGAUGAUGAUAGACCCUUGGAAAUGGGCAUGAGCAAAAUCACGCCGGCCAAUGACAGUGAAAAUAUUCCUGCAUCUAAAUCCGAGCAUCGAACCCGGCGCAGGAGAUCGCGGUCAUCUUUCGCUUCUUCCCAGUUCAGGGGAUUCACCUCGUUGGGAGAUGACAGCAAUGCAAAGGAUGACUUCAUCGCCAAGCUGCGGCAUCUAGAAAGAGCUAGUCGACAAGACACCUUCGAUCCGGAUGAGACAAACAGUGCGCCUGAGAGUCCAGGCGCGUUCCGGCCCCGCGGGCGGAGCAUUGCCUCGCUUGAUAGUGAGGAGGAUCUGUUGGAUCGGCGGAUGAAUGGACUUGCCGGUGGCUUGAUGGGGAUAGGAGAGGGGGCGCAGACACCUGGACCUUGA